AUGGCCGCGUGGAGCGCCGGCAUUACCGCCGACUUGCUCGCCCGCGCGCUUUCGCCUGCUGGGGAUAAUAGCGCCGCGCGUUCCCUCGGUAUUGCCGAUCGUCGCUCGCCUCCCAGUUGCCGACCCAGUACUACCUCGCCGCCCAUUCCCACUGCCGCUCUGUUUUCACCCGGCGCGCGGGAUUCCCCUAGCGUGUCCUGCCUCGUGUCGCUCCGCCCGCCACUCUCGCGCGUCCGUGCAAUCUCCGCCUCCGCCGCUUCUUCCAGCGAUACGGACGGCCCAGAUCUCUCCCCACGGCCGUCCCUCCCUGAUCUGACGCCGCGCGCCGUUCUAGAUUUUCCGCCGGCCGAGGGAUUCGGAGAGGAGCUGACGAAGCUUCUGACGAUGCUUCCAGGGAAGGUUCGCGACGUUCUGCAGCGACAUCCGGCCGUCCAUUCGCUGGUGGAGGUCGUUCUCGAUCUCGGCCGUCGGCCCAUCGCACGGUUCCCCUUGGGCGACGUUUUCAUGUGCGAAGAGGUGGUAACAGCGGGCGACAUUGAGUACUGUGUGUCGCAGGUAGCGCCCUCAUUAUCUCCCUCUCCGCCCGCUUCCGUUCCCCUCGCCAUCUCUCUCACAGCAUGCGCCUUCCACGCACCACCUUCCUUGCAAGCACCCCCCCCCCCUUGCAUGCACGUCCCUUCCACGUCCCUCAUUGUCUCCCUCUCCUCCCUGCCUUCUUCCCUCGUCCCCUUCUCCCCCCUUCCCUCUCCCCCCUUUCCCGCCGCGCAGGUUGGGGACUUCGGAGCGGACAACCGCGCGGGGAUAGACCGCACGCUGCACCGCAUCAGCGCCAUCCGCAACCGCGCGGGGAGAAUUAUCGGGCUGACGUGCCGCGUGGGGCGCGCGAUCUCGGGCAGCGCGGAGAUGGUGCGCGACCUGGUGGCGGGAGGGGAGUCCGUGCUGCUCAUGGGCGCGCCUGGCGUGGGGAAGACCACCGCCAUUAGAGAGAUAGCACGCAUACUAGCAGAUGAGUGUGCAAGGCGGGUGGUGGUGGUGGACACGAGCAAUGAGAUCGCAGGCGAUGGAGACAUCGCGCAUGCUGCCAUCGGCUCUGCGCGGCGCAUGCAAGUGCCGCACGUCGAGCUGCAGCACCAGGUGAUGAUAGAGGCAGUGGAGAAUCACAUGCCCCAGGUGGUGAUAAUUGAUGAGAUCGGGUCGGAGCUGGAGGCGGCAGCAGCGGCCACGAUAGCGCAGCGGGGAGUGCAGCUCAUUGCCACGGCGCAUGGACGUUCUGUGGAGAACCUUGUUAAGAACCCGCACCUGCACACACUCGCAGGGGGCGUGCAGGUGGGUGGAGAGGGGUGCAGGUUGUUCCAAGCGGCAGUGGAGAUGCACUCGCGUGGCCGAUGGACGAUGCACCGCAGCCUGGCUGCCACUGUUGACGCGCUGCUCUCAGGCAAGGCACCGCCGGUGGAGGUACGGGAGAUGGGGCAGCACGGGGAGGUGUGGGUGGAUGGCGAUGCUGCCAUAGCUGGCACUGCUGAUAGCACCGGCAGAGGCAGCAUAGGCAGCAGCAGCAGCAACAGUGGUGGUAUCCCUGGUGGCAGCCGCAGCAGCGGUGGCACUGGUUUGGCGAGAGCCGGUUCAUGGGACGAGCAGGGGUGGCAGAGGCUGGGGAGUGAGGGAACAAUGGGAGCGAUGGGUGUGAGGGAGUGGGACGCAGCGCAGCCCAGGGAGGGCGGCAGCAGGCAAAGAGAGAGAGGCAGUCCCGCACGGCCCUCGCAUGCACCAUCGCCCUCAGCAGCGGGGAGAACAGCCGCCUCUCCUUUGGGCUUUGCCUCUGGCGGUGGCAGCAGCGGGGAGAGCAGCGGCAGUGACACAGACAGUGAGGGCAGCGAUGUAUCGGAGGAGCAUGUGGAGCAGGUGGUGGAGGUGAUGGGGCUGACACCCCUCGUCUCCCUCACCACGGACAUUGCAGCAGCAGACGCCGUGCUGGCACUGCGCUCCAAGCUAAAGGGCAACGCGUGGCUGCGAGGGGUGGCUAAGUUCCGCCACCUGCCCAUCUAUGCCGUCAAGGCCAACACAGCGUCUCAGGUGGUGCGAGCUCUCCGUGCCAUCCUCAACCUCCCCACCCUCGCCUCUCCUCCUCCCUCCACUUCCUCGUUCUCCACCUCCCCGCCUCUCUCUUCCCCCGCUGCUUCUCUUUUUGGUGCCGCGGCCCUUCCCGCCACUGCUGCUGCACCAGCUACACCACCAGACCAGCUGUUGACCUUGCAGGAUGAAAGCAGCAAGAGUGGCGAUAACAGCAGCGGCAGUCGCAGCAGAAGCAGCAGCACCAGCAGCAGCAGCGGCAGUUGGGAGGAUAGGGCUGGAGAGGAUGAGGGGGCAACAAGAGGGGUUGGCGGAGGUUCAUUGGAGGACGAGAUUGAUGCGCUUGAGGAGGCGCGGCUGGCAGCGGAGAGCAUGAUGGGGAGCGCAGCACACGCAGUGGAUCUGCUACCACGCGCCCCCCGCAUUCUCUCCCUGCAGCUGCAGCUCAUCAACGACGACCCGACCAUUCUUCCAAUCAUCCUGAUCCAUCCAAUGUCUCUAAUUGACAGCUCUAUCCACCCAACCCCCCUUUCAGGAGGCACGCAUGGCAGCAGAGAGCAUGAUGGGGAGCGCAGCACAAGCAGUGGACCUGCUACCACGGGCACCUCACAUCCUCUCCCUGCAGCUGCAGCUGAUCAACGACUACCCGCUCGCCUGGCAGUACGCUGGAUCCCCCCCCACCCGCCGCAUCCGCAUCCUCCCCCUCCCUGCCUCUGCUCGCUCAGAGCCUGCCCCAGCUGUCAUUGGUCGAUCCGAUCAACCUAUGGGUGCCAUGGGUAG